UGAUACUGUCCUAUCAUCGUAUCUAAGGACGCUACAUCUAAUACAUCGUUCACAAGAUGUCCCUGGCAGAAAAUUCGAAGAAUUGGCGUUCUGGUCUCAGUCUCGCUGAGUGCAACAGAUAUAUGCUUACCCACCAGAUUCAUUGUGACGUCACAUUUAGAGUUGGGAAAGAGGGCAAACUUGUACGCGCCCAUAAGUAUGUUCUGUCCUGCAGAAGUCCAGUCUUUGAUGCCAUGCUGUAUGGCGACCUGGCGGAAUCAGACGACAUCAUAGUCCCAGACAUCGAGCCGUCUUCAUUUGAUGUGCUGUUACGAUUUUUAUACUGUGGUGAGGUCAAUUUCAGCCUAGACACGGUAACCUCUGUCCUGUAUGCCGCAGACAAAUACGGAGUUGAUGAUUUGGUGACAACAAUAAAAUCAUACCUGGAUCAAAAUAUUACGAACGAAACUGUUUUGAUUAUCUUAGAAAGUGCAAAAUUAUUUAACCUUGAAGAUCUUCUUAAAAAGUGCAAGAAUUUCAUUGAAUCAGAUCCUUUUCCUGUAUUCCAAUCCUCCUCUGCUUUAGAGGUAACGAAAGAAACCCUUACAUACAUUAUCUCCCUUGAUUCUUUGGUAAUGGAUGAGUUGGAAAUUUAUCAGUUUCUCAUCAAAUGGUCGGAAAAUCAGUGCGAUAGAGUGGGAAUGGAGAAAACUGAUCAGAAUAUCCGAGCUGUGAUGGGGGACCUGAUUUAUUCAAUUCGUUUUCAUACAAUGAAUUUAGACACAUUUGUUAAAGAUGUCUGUAACCGGGAAAUACUUGAUGCGCAAGAAAAAUUGAGUCUACAGCAAGUGAUUGUAGGUAGUGUGGAUAAAGAGAAAACAAAAUUCAAAUUCGAGGAACGAACAUGUGAAACAUUUUGUGUUUUACGCGGAGAACGUAAAGAUACCGAGAGAUUUUGGGCAUAUAGUCGAAGCUUACCGGAUUGUAUAGAAUUCACAGUGAACAAGACUGUUAGAAUCCAUGGCUUCGUUAUGUGGGGUGGGAGGUCAAUUCCAUAUACAUACACAAUACAAGGAAAGCUAUUCGCGAACUCCAAGGAAGUAUCAACUGUACCUGUUCAAACAAUAGAGAAAAGAGAAUCCUCCGAUAUAAAAUUCACUAUACCAUUACCGGAACCGGUGCGUUUAGUCCCUGGUGUGAGAUACAGAACCUGGGUACGUCUAGAGGGACCAGAGAGCUGGAGAGGUCAAAAUUACAGAUCGUCCGUCACAGAACAUGGUGUUGAAUUCGUCUUUUACGCACACAGUGGAAAAACUAAUGGGACUUCGCAUACCAGAGGGCAAUUUCCAGGAUUUGUCUGUUCUUUGUAAACACUUCAACUAUAGAACACAUGGUGACAUUAAGUUAAACGUUUUUCAUGCAUACACAAUAUCAUAUUUGAGACUUAAUUCUCAAUUUUACUAAUUUACACAUACAUUUAUGCCUUUUCAACACUUUACACAAUUUCUCCCGGUGAAUUAAAACAUAUCGGUAAGGGUUUUAUUUUAUAUCACAGGCAGUUGCUUUAUCACCAAUCCACACUUUCACUAUAAAUGUAUCGAUGUUUUCUGAAACUAGAUAUCCUCAACGCCACAAUCCACAGUAAAUCAUCUACACUGUAGAUUGUUAUAAUUUAAGCUGAUGACUUGUUCGGACAUCCAUCCUUCUGCACUUGCACAUGAUUCGACAAGAGUUACUCGAGAUCGAGUUCUUAUGUUUGAGCAUUUUCCUGGGUAAAUGCUGAUUUUUAGGUGAUAAGCAUUAAAGUUCUUGACACUAC